UCUGAGGAUUUUUUUUUUUUUAGAAAUCUAGAAAGAAAACAGUGUCAGUAGACAGUCUGAGAAAGUGCCAAAAAUGACACGGAUAACUCUUGAAUCCCUCUGUGAAGAAGAGCGUUUAUUGCUGAAAUGAGUGGAGAAGCUGAAGAAGAGGGACGAGACUGACACUCUUUGGAAUAAUGAAAGCCUGAAUUACUGCAGAGAGGGAAGAAAGUGGCAGAAGUUCAUGUUAAAAGAUGGUACAAGAUUGCAAAGGUCACUGAAAGCAGCACAUCCUUACUGGGAAAGAUUCAGAAUCACCUGGCUGAGUAGAAUCUGUGGAUUAAGACCAGUAUAAAGGCUCAGUCACAUCUAUUUUUAGAAGUCCUGUCAGCCACCUAGAUUGACUUGUUUCCAUCUUAUUCUCUGGAGGACUCAAAAGACCCAUCUGCAGCAUCAGCGACCAUUCGCACCAUUGUCAUCAUCACCAGAACCACCAUUAUGAUGGACUUAAACAGUACUGAGUCCUGGAUUUUUAACAGCACUUCAUUUCCCAGCCUGCCGGUAAUAGCCAGUCCCAGUAACAGAAGUGGCAUGGAGGCAUAUCUCCAGCGACUGGCGCAUUUAGAUGAGGGGCUCUACAACGACUUCUAUGGUCUCUGGAUUGCUCUGAUGGUCAUAAACUCUUUCAUAUUCCUGGUAGGCAUGGUGCUCAACAUGGUGGCACUUUAUGUUUUCUGUUUCCGCACCAAGCAAAAGACCACUUCAGUGAUCUACACCAUUAACUUAGCGGUGACAGAUCUCUUGGUGAACCUCUCUUUGCCGACUCGUAUCCUGCUCUACUACAGUGGAGGGGGCUGCCUCACCUGCUCCUACCUGCACAUCUUCAGCUACUUUGUCAACAUGUACUGCAGCAUCUUGUUUCUGACCUGCAUAUGCGUCGACCGUUACCUCGCCAUAGUGCAGGUUGAAGCUUCCCGCCGAUGGCGAAAUACCAGUGUGGCUAAAUGUGUGUGUGUCUCUGUCUGGCUGUUUGCCAUCGUGGUCACCUACUCCUUCCUUUCCAGUGCUUUCCAGCACACAGGCUGCUGCCUCUCAAAGCUGCUCUUCCUUACCAUCACUGAGUUCUUUCUACCACUCGUCAUCAUUGUGGUCUUCACUGUACGGAUUAUGUGUGCCCUCGCUGACCGCCGCCUCAUGCAGCAAAGCAGGGAGAGGAGAAGAAGGGCCGUCCAGCUGUUGACUACUGUCCUGAUCAUUUUCACUGUCUGCUUUACACCAUUCCACAUCCGACAGGUGGUGGUGUACUUCUAUCCUGACAUGCCUCAUCAUGUGAUAGUCUACCACUUGACCGUCACUCUCAGCAGUCUGAACAGCUGUAUGGAUCCUGUUGUCUACUGCUUUGUUACAAAUAAUUUUCAAGCUACCAUGAGACAUCUCUUUCGUCGUGCAGAGCCUGAGCAGACAAGUGGUGACAUUGUCAGCAUGCAGCACAGCUCCAAAGCCUCAGGACGGACAGCCAAUGCCAUCACUAAUAAUAUGAUCAUGAUGGCCAGCAUUCCCACUUCACCUCAGAAAGACAAUGUGGAGAAAAACCAAACAGUGUAAAUCCCCCUUCGACGUGGGAGGAAGAGAAGUGAAAGUUACAGAGAUGUCACAUUUGCCUCAGGAAAGAUGUGACUGAUAUUUCUGUUGACCAGUGAUAAUCUUGGAGUAUAAUGGCACAGUGCUAAGAGCUCAGGCCUUCCAGUCAGCUGGGUCAUUAACAGUUUAAGGGAGGACAGGUCCAUUGGCAAAGACAGUGAUAACACUGCAACAGAGCUUCUUCAUAUUUGUAUUAACUACUUGAAUAAACACUGUCCUUACAAGAGGUAAGUUUCAUUUUCAUCAUGUCAAGCAAGGCUAUCACUUUGGACUUGGAACUUUUCAACCAUGGGACUGUUUUUUUUUUAGAGUGUAUCAUUCACCUGCAUUUUGGUUUCAGUAAAUAUAGUCUUCAGAAUUGCAUGACUUGUAUACAUUUAACACCCAGAUAUUUUUUUUGCCAGCAAAAUUGACAAUUUUUUCAAAGAUGUCUGUACGUGUAAAAAUUGAAGAUUUGUGGGCAUUAAUAAUAAAACAGUCUCUACACCUA